UAAGAGUCUCUUACUUAAAAACGGGCCGAGUGCAGACCUGGAUUUACUUGCAGCGUUAAUACACGCCCGUCUGUUUUACACUUUUAUAAACUAGCAACUGCGUGAUGGGGAUCAUGCGUAUUUUUCUAAACAAAAUUAUUAAUAAUGCAUUCAGAAUUCGUUCAAUUACAUCAUCGGAUAGGUGUGUGCAUUUAAUAAAUACCAGAAAACUUUACAACUCCCGUGUCUUGUCGGGAGAGAUUCAAAGCACACAGAGUUGCAAUUUAAUCGGUUCACGGAACGUAUCAGCUUUUUUAGCCUGCAACUUUGUAACAAGGUCUUGUGACAGUUUUUCGCCAAGCGUGUAUUUAUCUACACGGCGUUAUUCGACUACUGUAGUUGGCAGUGAACUAUACAACCAAGCAUUCAGCUCUUCAAUUCAGGAUCCAGAAAAGUUUUGGAGUGAAGCAGCGCAGAGUAUUACUUGGUUCGAGCAAUGGAGUAAAACACUGGAUAACUCCAACCCCCCCUUUUCUAAAUGGUUUGUUGAUGGGAAACUGAACAUCUGCUACAACGCAAUAGACCGGCACGUUGAAAAUGGACGAGGGGACCAGAUUGCCAUCAUCUACGACAGUCCAAUUACAGGAACUAAACAGGCCAUCACAUACAGCCAGACACUGGAGCAGGUCUCCCAGUUAGCAGGUGUUCUGGUGAAGCAUGGUGUGCAGAAAGGAGACCGUGUUGUUAUCUAUAUGCCCAUGAUUCCCCAGGCCACGUUCACAAUGCUGGCCUGCGCAAGGAUAGGAGCCACACACAGCCUGAUAUUUGGCGGCUUUGCAUCAAAGGAGCUGUCAAUCAGAAUUGAGCAUGCCAAGCCCAAAAUAAUGGUGAGCGCAUCCUUUGGCAUUGAGCCUGGUAGAAGAGUGGAGUACAUCCCUCUGCUAGAGAAAGCAAUGGAGCUCUGCAAGCACAAACCUCAGAAAGUCCUUAUCUAUAACCGGCCUAACAUGGAGUCUGUUUCCAUGACUGCCGGCCAGUGCCUGUACUGGGAUGAGGAGAUGGCAGCAGCUUGCCCCCAUGGCUGUGUCCCUGUGUCCUCAGAUCAUCCUCUUUAUAUUCUGUAUACCUCAGGAACUACAGGGCUGCCCAAGGGUGUUGUUCGAGAUACUGGCGGAUAUGCAGUGAUGUUGAAUUGGACUAUGUCAAAUGUGUAUGGUCUCAGUCCUGGAGAGGUCUGGUGGGCAGCUUCUGACCUGGGCUGGGUAGUCGGGCACUCCUAUAUCUGCUACGCUCCUUUGCUUCAUGGCAACACUACCAUUCUGUAUGAGGGCAAGCCCGUGGGGACACCAGAUGCUGGAGCAUUUUUCCGUUUGAUAUCGGAGCACGGCGUGGCAGCCAUGUUCACCGCUCCAACAGCAAUCCGAGCAAUCCGCCAGCAUGACCCCCAGGCAGCCUUGGGGAGACAGCAUCCCCUAACGAGGAUGCGGACACUCUUUGUUGCUGGUGAACGCUGUGAUGCAGACACUUUGAGCUGGGCGAAGAAAACAUUCAAGGUUCCUGUCCUGGACCACUGGUGGCAGACUGAAAGUGGAUCCCCAAUAACAGCCUCUUGCAUCGGCCUUGGAAAUUCUCUGACCCCACCUCCUGGACAGGCUGGCAAACCUGUACCGGGAUACAAUGUCAUGGUCCUGGACUACAGCAUGCAGAAAGUGAAGUCGAAGACUCUGGGAAACAUUGUGGUAAAGUUGCCACUGCCUCCUGGUGCAGUAACCACUCUCUGGGAAAACGAUGACAUCUUCAAUAAACUCUAUUUCACCACGUUUCCUGGUUACUAUGACACCAUGGAUGCAGGCUACAUGGAUGAGGAGAAUUACUUGUACGUCAUGUCUCGUGUUGAUGAUGUAAUCAAUGUUGCUGGCCACAGGAUUUCCACUGGAGCACUGGAGGAGUCCAUUCUGCACCACUCAGCUGUGGCAGACUGUGCUGUUGUUGGACUGGAAGACACCUUGAAAGGUCACAUUCCUCUAGCCUUGUGCGUUUUAAAAAAUGGUGUGAACAAGGCAGAAGACGCCCUUGUGGCUGAGAUAGUCGCUCUCGUCAGAGAGAGUAUUGGUCCAGUGGCAGCCUUCAGGAAGGCCGUUUUCGUGAAGCGGUUGCCAAAGACUCGUUCUGGAAAGAUACCUCGCUCCACACUCUCCGCACUUGUGAAUGGCAAGCCUUACAAGAUAAGUCCUACAACUGAGGACCCAGCCGUGUUUGAAGAAAUAGAAGAGGUCAUUCAGCAGAAACUGUGACUGCCAUAAUCAAGCAAGAAACUGAAUUCUUUACGGCUGAGCAAUAAAUGUACUGGUAACUUCAUAAUGAAGACAUGCAUUGCAUGGAAUAUCUCAGAGUACAUAAAAGUAUUGCUGAUUGCCUCUUUGCCUUCUGCCCUAAUUAGGUACGAGUCUUGAUGGUCAUGUAACUAUAAGGUGCUCUCUCCUGAUUCUACUGUAACUGUAAUAUCCAGCUUUGAUAGCACAUUUAAAGAUGUACUUUUCAUUUAUUAGAAACAUGGUAUUGUUUUGGCACAACUAAUUUGUUUUAGGUUAGUUUCUUGUGAUCCAGAAAAAGUCUCAACAGUGCAAAUGAUCAAGUUUUCUAUCAGUGCUGCUAAAAUAAGCAUUAUUGACAAACAUUUACCUACAUGUAUUGUGCAAUGUUUCUGAUCUUAAUUGCAGUACUUCACAUGUUUUAAAUCACAGACCUUUUGACACAUCCUGACAACUGCUUUUAGAUGUAUCUAGUGUUGCACUACUGACAGUGGAGUGUUGAUAGCAGGGUGAGACAAGCUUGCUCAUGCAUUACACAAGAUGGACAGAGAGAAAUCUGUUGCUUUUCAUUUUCACUUACUUGUAUUAAAACAGAUUAUUUUCUGCUGGAGA